GCGGACCAAAAUCCAGAAAACACGGUUUGGAAUCGACCCGUCUAUUAAAGGGUCUUUUUGUCUCUAAACCCCAUUUAGAACUCCGCUCACUCCCAUUUCUCUACUUCACAAUCAACAGCAACAGCCCUUCCUUCUCUUCCCGCCUAUUCUCUCUUUAUCAACCAAAUAACAUUGGCGAUCAAGCCCUAGUUCUAUUUCUUGGUAUUCAGAAUCUCAUACAAACAGUGAUAUGGUCAAUACUGUGACGUCCAGAGAUAUUCAGGACAUUGUCUCCAAACUCUCGUCAGACAAAGCAAAAUCUCGUGAAGAAGGGAUUAAGUUGUUAAAUGCAUGGCUAGAAGAAGGCCAAAGGUCUGUUGAGUUCUGCAGAUACGUUGGAGAGAAGACCGCGAGGCUUAAACCAGGCGAAAUUCCUCAUUCUGAGACGUGGCCCUUUCUUGUUACAUUGCUUACUAAAUGCGUGUCCCUGGAGAUAUCUGGGAGCAAAAAACGUUUGCCCAAGUUGAAUUUUGCUAAAACUCUUCGGAUUGUUGUCCAACGAGCAGAGGAUGCCAAAUUUUCAGGCAAAGAUAUGCCUCUUUUACCUGUGGCAAAAUUGCUUUUCAAUCAUGUCUGGGAUGUUUUAAAGGAUACUCCUAGUUUUCAAUCCGAGUAUGGAACUAUUCUCCGGCAUCUUUUGGCAGUGAGAUCUUACCGUUUUCACAUGAGGAAGCGGGUUUACUGUUGUUUGGUGCUUCUAUACAUGGAAAAGAUAGAAACAAGUUUAAAAGAAAAAAGUGAUAGCCAAAUAAAUCCAAGAGAGGAGGUCUUUCGAUGCAUCUCGACACUUCAUUCUCUCCUUGAAAACCCCCCUGGAGGUUUUCCUGAUAGCCUUCAAGAGGAUAUUGUCAAGGGUUUUAUUGAAAUUUUUUCUUAUGUAAGGGAUGAAGGGAAAAUUUCACGCAAGCUAAUCGAGUGCAUUAACAUAUACUUGCUGAGGGAUGGCCCAAAUUUGGGUUCUAAAUCCCUGGAAAUCCAUGAUGCUCUGCAUCAUUUUGUCUUCCGAUGUUGGAUGACAACUCGUGAUCGUGGGUUAAAGGAUUCACUUGUUUUUUAUGCAAGGCUACAACUAAAUUUGACGAGGGAUUUUGCUGAUGGGAGCUCUUUAUUAGAACAACUUCAGGAUGUACUAGGGAAGGAAUUAGAUCAAAUGAGCAGUUGGACCAUCAAUUUACCCUGGAAAGACACAACCAGAAAUGACAAAUGUGGAAGCUUGACAAGCUCUCAAUGCGGUCUUAUGGAGCUUGCAGCACUUGUCUUUUACCGGGCAUGUCUUAACACACCUAUAGCAUCGUCAUCUGAGAAACGACUUAGAAGGGAGCAUGUUGUAGUCCAGAUAAGGGAGAGGCUCUCAAGGGGAAAGUGGCCGUGGCAUGCAGCUUUCUGUUACCUCAUCCACAAUUAUUAUGGUCGCAUAAAGAAGGAUUUAUUGAUCUAUUGGUUUGAAGGUAUAUGUGCAAGCUUUGAAAGGAUAAUAAAUGAUGCAAACAUGGAGCAUAGUUAUGAAGGUCUCUUGUGGGCAUUGAGGAGUCUUCAAGGACUUUCUUUGAUGCUGCGGUUUCCUGUUCCAGCACUGCAAACUUCUUCAGAGUUGGCAUCCACAUUUAAUGGGGUUGAAACAGGUUGGCGUACGAUAUGGAACUGUGUUAUUGGUGGUUUGCCCACAUUCAGUACUUUUACAGCAGUUGUGGAUGCUGCAUUAAGGCUACUUAGAAACAUAAUACUCAAUGAUAAAAUGAAUGCAUACCUUGUGCCCCAAGACUUGUGGGAUCUUCGAUUACUUAAACGCGUGCCAUCAAUAUCUGUUUUGUGCUUCAUUUCGUGUUACUUUUCAAGGAAAGGCUAUCAAGGUGAUCUUAGAGACGCUUUACAUUUGAGGCAAAAUCUUUUGAGAGCUGUUUUGGCUGUUCCUUUCUGGAAGGACUGUUCAAUGUUGAAUAAACAGCUGGUUGCUAUAUUGCCUACAGCUGUUUAUGCUCUCUGUACUGGUGGUACACCAUUGCUUGAUAAAGGACUUUCCCCGUCACACUAUGUUCCUGAAAUUCUGAAUGAUGUGAAGGUCGAAGAUCAUACACAUGAAAGUGAGCAUGAAUUUUUUGAAUGCUCCGUUGAAGUUCUUGCAAGAAUUGGACAUGAAUCUGAUCUGGAGGACGUUCAGUCACCUGGUUGCCAAAGCAUACGUCUUCCCCGGCAGAUCAGAGAUCCACUUUGUCACGAAGUCGAAAAUCACAUUCUUGAAAUUAUAAAAGAUGAAGAACAUGAAAAGAUGCUUCUAUCUGAUGUCAUCUUCCUCUGUGCUAUUUUAUCAAACUUCAUGUAUUGUUCAUAUAGUACAAGGCUAGGAGAAGAAAUUAUGCCUUGCCUUGCCACUCUGAGUCAAUAUGUGUCGAAGUUGUUGGAUCGAGCUGCUUCUAUCUUAGAGAAAAGUUAUGACGACCUCGUUUGUGGUUUGUCGGGUUCAAGGUCAAUAUUUGACACAAUUGGGACCAUUGGUGUGUCCUUUGAAAGCUUUCUAUGCUCCCCAUUGUUUAAUGAGAUGCAAAACGACGACAACAUAGAUGUACUAGCUGCAGUAAUUCAAUCUGUGGAGAGGAUUCUGAAGGUUCUUGCUAAACUGUAUGAAGGAUCCUCAAGUAGUGGAAGUAAUUUUCAUUCAAAGAGGGGCGACCUUGACUCUUCUGCAUCUGUUUCUAGUCACGAUUCUCAUCCAGUAAAUAGCCGUACUAGUAUGAUCAUGGACAUGGAGUUGGAUGUGAACAUUAGUUCCAAAGAUACUGAUGCUGUAAAAAUUGGGGGAAAAGCUACUGCUGAAAUAUUGGCUUCGUCUGUAAAUCAGAGAAUGGAAGUCGUAUCGAUCAUCACAAAGUUCUUUUCAGCUUUACCAUUUCAUACAUGGGAUGUCAUCUUUGAGCUCAUGGAGAAAGAAAGUGAUCCAAGGGUCCUGGAAGUAAUUAUACACGGCCUUUGUCAACAUCCUCAUUGGUCUUCCAGCAGAAAGUUCUUAAAUUUGGUUACUUCCUUAAAUGAUUUCCUAGACAUUCAGGCAAAUCUCAAGGUCCAGUCUCUGAAUGUGCUAGCUGCCAUCUGCAGUUUGUUGGAGAGUCUUUUAUCCUGUGAAGAUGUUGCAAAGUUCAAAAAGAGUCGGGAAAAAUUAUCUGAAGAGGGCUUGAUUUCUCUUGGAGACCUGGUGAACAAAAUUGCAGACAGCGACCUCUUUGAUUGGGUUGGCCGGACCAAGCUUAUUGAUUGCAUUUGCAAUUUCAUUUUAGUGGAUCCUCAAAUUGGUCAGUCUAUGAUUGAAAAGCUGUUGUUGAUGCUUCGGGAUGCUGAUUAUCGAGUUAGGUUAUGCUUUGCUCAACGAGUUGGUGUGCUUUUCCAAACUUGGGAUGGUCAUUUUGAACUAUUCCAGGACAUAUGUUCAAAUUUUGGCACAAAGCUUGUGACUUGCUCCAGAGAGAAACUGGUGAUGGCGAAGGAGGUUUUAGCUGCUGGUCCUCAGCCUCAUACCAUAUUGGAAACGAUAAUUGUAACCCUAGCUCAUCUUGCGCUGCACAGUGAAAAAAUUGAAUUGGAGGCUGUUUUUAUGGUAUGUGUUAUUGCUGCUAUUAACCCUUGUCUAAGGAAACUUGUUAUUGUUGUCCUUGAUAAUCUAUCAAGGGAGUUAAAGUAUACUUCUAGGUCAAAGUAUAUGGAAGAACUUAUGGCGCCAAUCCUCUUUAGUUGGGUUGCUUCUGGUGUAAAUUUAGCUGCUCUUCUCGAGGCAAGGGAUCUGUUCGUCUUCAAUGUAGAGCCUAUCAAUUUCAUUCAGUCCUGCUGCCGUUGGCUUCUUCCAUCUUUAUUCUUGCAUGGUGACAUUUCCAACAUGAAUUGGCUUGCGAAGGUUGCUUGUGAGCCUCUUGCUGAAAUGAUUAAGAAUCACUUUGUGGAUAUUUUCUCUGUUUGUAUUACGUUACACUCCAGUAAGAAGGCUGGUUGGGAGAAGGGAUCAGCUGUACUUGAAAGUUCAAUUCUGGAUAUUGCUAAAAUAUCUGAAACUGAAAGAGACAAGCUUAUAAAGAAGCACAUGGUUUCAAUCGUGAAUACUAUUUUCUCUCUUGCUUCAACAGCUGUGGACCCUGUUCUUCCUUUAUUUUCCAAGGAGACAAUUGCACGUGCAAUUAUGACAGUUGUGGAUGGAUUCUUGGAGAUAGAUGACUCUUGUCAAAAUUUUGGCCUUAUUGACAAGAUUAACAUUUUCCGACCUGAUCGAGUAUUUACGUUUAUAGUAGAGAUGCAUUACAAAGUUGCUGCAGCUGGUCAUUUCAGGCACAAAUCUGAUAGGCUUGCUGGGAUUGAAGUGCUUAUUGAUGUAUUAGGGCAUCGAGUUGCGGUUCCUAGUACUGCUAGUUAUCUCCUAAACUUGAUUGGUCAAUGCUUGGACCUUGAUGCUUUGCUGGACCAAUGUUGUCGAAUGAUCUCUUCAUUGCUAAAAAUUUUCAAAAUAAAGCAAUUGGAGGGAACCGCUGUUGUCCUAGGUGAACAGCUUCAGUUUUUAAUUUCCAAGUUGGUAAUGUGUUGCAUUUCUUCCGAGUCUAGUCCCAAACUGUCAGCUGACACAUCAUCUCAAGUUUUGUCUCUGCUCAGCCAACUUACCUUGGACUCCGAUCCAUCUCUACACGAGUACAUUAAAGAACUAGAGCCAUUCCCUAACCUCGAUUUAUUUCAUGAUAUACGGAUGUUCCACGAGAAACUAUGUCAAAAUUACUCGCCUAGGGAGCACUUGUCAAUCUUAGGGAAACGAUCUCGCUACCUUCCACCAAGGUUACUUGUCUGGAGUCUAAAAGCAUUACACAAAAAAUUGUUUGAAGAUGAAGCAUACCCAGCACAAAAGAAUGAGGAAAAUAUUUUCGAAGAUGCAUAUUUGGAUUCUGACCAUGACAUUGUCCACACAGUCUGGAACCUGGUGCACACAUGUAGUUUGAGUGGUGCUGGCAAUUUUGGGUCGCUGGUCUCUGAUUUUUUAUCUCGGGUUGGUAUUGGCGAUCCGCAUGGUGUUGUGUUCCAUCUUCCUAUCCAGUCUAAAUCUGUACAUGAGCAUAACUUCCACCUUGAUACGGGCAUAUCAGAUGACCUUCUGGUGGCAAUUAUGAGGCUUUUAAAGAAAUAUUUGAUGGAUGACUCUGUUAAGAUAAUUGACAUAGCAUCUCAAGCUUUGCGGGGGAUACUUUCAACUGAAAAUGGUCAGAGGGCUUUGCUAUCGUUUGAUUCUUAUCAGAGAUCCCUUAUUGAGGUGCAUUCCAAAGGUGUCAAUGUCAACCUGGUUCAGAAACUCCUGGCAGAUCUAGAAAGAAAGCUUAACGUUGAGGCACUUUCCUUGAAGGAUUCUGCUAUAUGGAAGACUGAUGGAAAAACAUUCGAGACAUGGAUUUGUCCUCUUGUCUGUGCUCUGGUUGAAUAUUGUGAUGAUAUGAUCCUGAGAUUGUGUCAAGAUAUUGUCUUGGUGAAAUCUGAAGUUGCAGAACUCUUGUUCCCUCAUGUGAUGGUCAAUUUGUCGAGUAGAAGAGACGUGGAUGUUGAUCUUUGUCAACUGAUCUCCUCACAGGUGCAAGAGAACAUUUUUACGGAGGACAAUAAGUUGACCAAAUCAAUUCAAGUUAUCUUAGAUGCUCUUAACGAGCUUCGGUUGUGUCACGUGAUGGAAAGAAGCACAUCCUCUAAUCCCUCUAAGCGAGAAAAUGCAAAGCAAUAUGGAAGGCCUUCUAGCUAUGGAUCAAAGUCACGCUCCACGCCUCUGAAGGCAAAGCAUCAGACAACCACUUCAUCUGUAGUAUCAAUAUCCACAUUGUCUUGGGAAAAGGUUUAUUGGAUUUCUAUGGAUUAUCUUGCUGUUGCAAGGUCUGCUAUUACUUCUGGUGCUUACUUUACUGCUGUUCUUUACGUGGAACACUGGUGUGAAGAGAAUUUCAAUUCCCUGACAUUGGGCCCUCCAGAUUUCUCUCAUGUUGAGAUUCUGCCAUGGCACAUUGAAAUUCUUUUAUCUGCAGUGACACAAAUAAAUGAACCUGACAGCCUCUAUGGAAUCAUCCAAUCUCACAAGUUGACCUCUCAAAUUAUCACAUUUGAACAUGAGGGAAAUUGGAGUAAAGCUCUUGAGUACUAUGAUUUACAAAUUAGAUCUGAUCCAGUGGCUCAAGGAAGCAGUUGUACUCCUAAAAAUUUUCUUCAUUCAUCUGGGUCCGCAGUAGAUCAGAUGAUUNCCGAUCAGAGACAAUUUUUUCCGUUGAUGUUUUUGGGUCUAAAAACACUGGUUCUGGAAGUUUAUUAUGAUUACCUCGGAACCUUUAAUGGGAAGUUCAAACUACUUAGCUUGGGCUUCUUCUGUCGAGUUGUGGUUAAAGGUCAAGUUGAUGCCCUUGUUCCGUCCAUUCCGGACAUGUUAGUUAGUUUGGUAAAAGCUCGUACUUUAUACACUAAUGACAUAUCUCGUUUCUAUGAUGUGAUAUUGCGAAUGACAAGCUUGAAGAAACAAGAAUUGGAUAUGUCUACUUACUUGGAACAAUAUGAAGCUGCUUGGCGUUCUGGAAAUUGGGAUUUCUCACUACUUUAUGGUGAAUCCAGUGUCCUCUCAAUUCAGCAUGGAGGUGACCAUUUCAAUGAAAAUCUCCACAGCUGCUUGAGAGCAUUAAAAGAGGGAGGAUUUGAUGAAUUCCAGAUAAAAUUAAAAGAUUCCAAGCAGGAGCUUUUGCUGUCUAUCUGUCAUGCAAGUGCGGAGAGCACCAAAUACAUUUAUCAAGCUAUAGUUAAGCUUCAGAUACUUUAUCACCUCGGGAUGACUUGGGAUUCACGUUGGACUUCAUCUUGCACAAUGCUGGAUUCUUUGAAGAUGCCAAAGGUCUCAUCUAAACCUGUACUUCCAUCAAUUACUCAGUUAUCAUGGCUAGACAUGGACUGGAAGCGGACUUUGAAGCAAGCACAGUUACAUAUGAAUUUGCUGGAACCAUUUGUGGCAUUUAGAAGAGUUUUGCUUCAUAUUUUAAAUUGCCAGGAUUAUACUGUACAACAUCUGCUUGAAUCUGCAGCUACUCUCCGCAAGGUGGCUAGGUUUUCUCAGGCUGCUUCAGCUUUGCAUGAAUUCAAGUUUCUCUGUGCAGAAAUGGGAGAACAUUCCAACCUUUACUGGCUUGGACGACUUGAAGAAGCUAAGCUUCUGCGUGCUCAAGGCCAACAUCAGAUGGCAAUCAAUCUUGCAAAGUAUAUUUCACUAAACCACCAGACGAAUGAAAACGCAUCUGAUGUUUUCCGGUUAAUUGGGAAGUGGCUCGCUGAAACACGAUCAAGCAACUCAAGAACUAUACUAGAGAAAUACUUGAAGCAUGCAGUCGUUCUAGCUGAGGAUUGCAUGGCACGAGGAAAGGUUUCCGCCAUAAAACGAAGUCAACUGCAUUUCCAUCUUGCGCACUAUGCGGAUGCUCUGUUUCGUAGUUAUGAAGAACGACUUAAUUCCAGUGAAUGGCAGGCAGCAAUGCGGUUAAGAAAGCACAAGACAAGGGAGCUGGAAGCAUUAGUUAAACGAUUAAGAAGUUCAACAAAGGGAGAAAAGACCGACUUAUCAGCAAAAAUACAAGAGUUGCAGAAGCAGCUGGCAAUGGAUAAAGAAGAGGCUGAAAAAUUGCAGGAAGACAGGGACAACUUUCUGAGCACGGCGCUUGAUGAAUAUAAACGCUGUUUAGUAAUAGGAGAUAAAUAUGAUGUCAGGGUGGUAUUUCGACUUAUUUCACUGUGGUUUGGUCUCUCAUUUAGACCAAUUGUUGUGGAUAGCAUGCUCGGCACAAUAAGUGAGGUUCAAUCUUACAAGUUUAUUCCACUAGUUUACCAAAUUGCUUCAAGGAUGGGAAGCACAAAAGAAAGUCAGGGAGCUCAAAACUUCCAGUUUGCUUUGGUUUCUCUCAUCAAAAGAAUGGCCAUUGACCAUCCAUAUCAUACGAUAUUUCAGCUUCUAGCUUUGGCAAAUGGUGAUCGAAUCAAAGACAAACAACGUAGCAGAAGUUCUUUUGUGGUUGACAUGGAUAAAAAAGCCGCUGCAGAAAAUCUGUUGAAGGAGUUAUCUUCGUAUCAUGGAGCUGUCAUCAGACAGAUGAAGCAAAUGGUUGAGAUCUACAUUAAACUAGCUGAAUUAGAAACAAAAAGGGAGGAUACUAACAAAAAGGUUAAUCUUCCGAGGGAAAUUCGCAGCAUCCGAGAUCUUGAACUUGUAAGUUCAAUAAUNGCAAUUGACCCGAGUUGUCAAUACACUGAAGGCUCCUUUCCGCACUUUAAAGGAUUAGCAGAUUCUGUCACUGUGAUGAAUGGUAUAAAUGCGCCAAAAGUUGUUGAAUGUUUCGGCUCCGAUGGCAAUAAAUACCGACAACUUGCAAAAUCUGGCAAUGAUGACCUGAGACAAGAUGCUGUGAUGGAACAGUUCUUUGGCUUAGUAAAUACUUUCUUACAGAACCAUCGGGACACUUGGAAAAGAAGGCUGAGAAUUCGCACUUACAAGGUUGUACCUUUUACUCCAAGUGCGGGUGUUUUGGAAUGGGUGAAUGGCACUCUUCCACUCGGUGAAUAUCUUAUAGGCAGCACUAGAGAUGGAGGAGCCCAUGGACGCUAUGGAGCAGGAGACUGGACAUUCAUGAAAUGCCGGCAGCACAUGACUGUGGAAAGUAACAAGCGGAAGGCCUUCCAGGAAGUCUGUGAUAACUUCAGGCCUGUCAUGCAUCACUUUUUCUUGGAGAGAUUUUUUCAUCCAGCUGACUGGUUUCAAAAGAGGCUUGCUUAUACCAGAAGCGUGGCCGCAAGUUCAAUGGUCGGAUAUAUUGUUGGACUAGGAGAUCGGCAUUCCAUGAAUAUCCUUGUAGAUCAAGCCACUGCAGAAGUUGUUCACAUAGAUCUUGGGGUUGCAUUUGAGCAGGGCCUUAUGCUGAAAACUCCCGAAAGGGUACCCUUCAGGCUGAGUAGGGACAUUAUUGAUGGCAUGGGCGUAACUGGGGUGGAAGGGGUUUUUAGAAGAUGCUGUGAGGAAACCCUGUCUGUUAUGCGGACAAACAAAGAAGCACUGCUUACCAUUAUCGAGGUCUUUAUCCAUGAUCCUUUAUACAAGUGGGCUUUAUCCCCUCUAAAGGCUUUGCAACGUCAGAAGGAAAGUGAAGAUGAUCUGGAAACCAGUUUGGAAGACUCUCAACAAGAUGACUAUGAGGGGAACAAGGAUGCUGCUAGAGCCUUGAUGCGUGUUAAACAAAAGUUAGAUGGAUAUGAAGAAGGUGAAAUGAGAAGUGUUCAUGGGCAGGUUCAACAACUCAUACACGACGCCAUUGAUCCUGAUCGUUUGUGUCAUCUGUUUCCUGGAUGGGGAGCUUGGCUAUGAGAGCUUUCAAACUAGUGUCAAGCACUGAUUAAAUUUUUUAGGUUCUUCCUUUUCUUUUUCAUUUUUUCCUCAGCUUUGAUGAGUGUAAUCUUGUGCGUGAUCUUAGGUUAUGGGUGUAAUUAGUGUCGCUGUAAUGAAAAGACCUCAUGUAAAGAAGUCCUGUAAAUAUGUCAGCAACGCCGUCGUUUAUUCUAACUUAAGCUCAUGUUUUGAGUUUCAGCCUCA